UAUUACAGCUCUGAGAUCUUCCUGGCGGCCGAGUUCAGCGAAGUAAGUGCCUUGUCGGCGUCCCUUGGCUUUGGCAUCAUCAACUGGCUCUUCGCUCUUCCGGCUUUCUACACGAUUGAUACUUUCGGACGGCGCAACUUACUCUUGACAACCUUCCCAUUGAUGGCCAUCUGUCUUUUUUUCACUGGAUUCUCAUUCUAUAUACCUACAAACCCCGCCAAGAUCGCCUGCAUCGCCCUGGGCAUCUAUCUCUUCGGCAUGGUCUAUUCCCCUGGCGAGGGACCGGUACCUUUCACUUACUCGGCCGAGGCAUACCCGCUGUACAUCCGCCCCAUUGGCAUGUCUCUGGCGACGGCCACGACAUGGUUCUUCAACUUUCUCCUUGCCGUCACCUGGCCUUCUCUUCAGGCGGCCUUUACGCCGACGGGCGCCUUUGGGUGGUAUGGCGGUUGGAACAUCAUCGGCUUCUUCCUGGUGUUGUUGCUCGUCCCGGAGACUAAGGAGAAGACCCUCGAGGAGCUGGACGCCGUGUUCAGCGUUCCACUGCGGACUUUUGCGCGGUACGGGCUCGCGCAGUUCUUCUACUUUUGGAAGAAGUACAUCUUUAGGCAGGACAUUAGCCCGCCUGCUGUGCCGCAUGCUGGAGGGGUUGACUAUCAUCGGGACUCGUUCAAGCAGGAGAAGCAGCACAACCCGACUGCUCGUGUUUAA